UUGGAAAUUUAACAUAUAUUUUGACUCUGUCGAAACCUUUCUAAAGGUUAUUAAAGUCAAUGAUAUCGUAUAUUUUUUUUACAAUUAUCUAAUAAUUAUCUGAACUGUUUAUUUUUACUCAAUUGACAAUACUCCUAAAAAAAAUUGGUGGUGAUCAAUGAUGGUUGCUUGUCGGACAACGCAGGAGUAACUAUUUUUCGCCACAGGUCAUCUUCAUUCAGCACAAAAAGAGCACCAAUGAACAGAAAUUUUAGCACCGUUUUAUCUGUAGCAGCUGGAGUUGGAUUAUUAGCUGGUACUACGGGCGUUUUAUUGUAUCAUUAUGUGCUUGGUAGACGAUAUGUAUUCGUUCUUGAACAAGACAUUAACAGGUUGCACUUGUCAUUGGAGAAUUUGCGAUGCGAAUUUGAAGAUCUCAAGAACUUGAAAGAGAAAGAUGGAAAAAGCCGGAGGAGCAAACGUAAUCUCAAGUUCAACGCUAGCAGUGGGAGCACAACUAGCUUCACCGAUGCUAGUAUGUAUUCGGCGCUCGAAACGGAUGAUGAGUUUUGUGAUAUUUCCAAUUCCGAAGACGAAAAUACUCUAGUGCUUUCGAGUUUUCCUACUCCUGUCACCAUGGCUAGUGAAAAUCAAACGAUCGUGAUUAGCGACGAAAUCAAAAAAUUAUCCGUGUCCGGUGAUGCUGAAAAUCAAAAUGCUCCUUUUGCCGAUAUCGAUAAGUUAUUGGAAGGCGACGAUGAAAAUAAAACUAAAGCGUACCAGUUACUAGAAGAAUUAGUUGUAAAAAAUAAUGCGGAUAGCGAAGUUCUAUGGCGUAUGGCCAGAGCCUCUCAUGCCCUCAGUACUAUAGCCGAAGCUAAAGGCGACUCGGAUAAAAAACAACAGUAUAUUAAUCAAGGUAUCGAAUACGGUCAACGAGCUUUAGAUGGUAAUUCCAAAAACGCUAAUGCUCAUAAAUGGUACGGAAUAUGUGUCGGUGCCCGAGGACAAUUUUCCGACACGAAAACUAAAAUUAAAGAUGGCACUGUGUUCAAAGAACAUAUUGAAGAAGCCAUCAAACUUAAUCCCGGUGAUCCAGCUUUAUAUAAUUUGUUAGGCAGAUUCGAAUUCGAAGUAUCUCAAUUAUCUAUGAUGGAACGUAAAGUAGCCAGUUGGUUGUUCGCCGAAGUACCCAAAGGUACGGUGGAAAAUGCUAUCGCCGAUUUUCAAAAGACUGAGGAGUUAAAUCCAAAACCGUGGAAAGAAAAUAGAUUAUUAUUAGGGAAAUGUUAUAUUGCCCAGAAACAAUACGAUGUUGCCGUGAAAUGGUUAGACAAAGCUUUAGAAGUUCCAGCUAUCACUUCCGAGGAGAAGAAAUUCGACGAAGAAAUCAAAAAGUUGAUUAAAAAGUAUGAAUCUUAUAGAAAGUCGUAAUCGUGCCGGUGUUCAAAUAUAAUAUUUCUAGUUCGUCGUUUAAACUUUCAACUGAUAUUGACAACUAUAUCGGAUACCAGGGUAUUAGAAAUUUAUACGCAAAUUUUUGCCAUCCAGUAUGAUGAAUUCGAUGGCACAAGUUAUUUUUAACGUUACCUCGAGAAUGUAAUAUGUAUUAUUGUAUAAUAUUAAAUUAUCUUGCCUAAAUUUUGUAUCGGGUUUUUCUAAAUUAUAGGUGUUAUGCGAUGUUUUUCUUUUUAAUUUUUGUCAUUUUUGUAAAACACUGUUUUAUUUUCUCUCUCUUUUUUUUCUUUCCUUCUUUUUCUUGCAAUAAAUCGCUCCGUACCGGA